GUAGCGAGCCGUCGGGGCCAGAAGGGGGCUCUGCGGCGCCCCCAGGGAGGAGGGUGACAUCAAGGCGGGGAAUUCAAGCUCAUUAAAAGGAGGAGAUAAGAGCCGGGGCUGACUUCCGAGAUAGGGAAGCGUCUGAAGCGGAGCCGGAGAGGUGGGGGCCGAGCGCAGGAGGAGGAGAGAGCCCCGGGCCAGGCUGCCAUUCGCCCGGGGGGCCCCCGCUUGGCCGCGAGCGAUGGACCGGAGCAAGUCGGCCGGCAGAGCGCUGGGCAGAGGGCUCCGCCCGUAGGGAGCGCUCCGAGCGCCAGCCUUCUGCAGCGCGGCGGGGAGGGCGGAGAAGGGAAGGGGCUCCUCCUGACCCUCCGCCCGGCCCCCCAAGCCGGGGCCAAUGGCCGGCGGUCCGGUGGAUUCCUCGUGCCUGGGUGCGUGCCUGGUCCUGCGUGGAGCCUCGGAGCGCGGGGGCCCCUGCUGGAGGGCGCUGGGCUCCGGGAUGGCCGCAGCUGUCCCGGGCCGCGGCUGGCUCCGGCUUCUCCUUCUGGGGCUGCUGGCGGCGGGCUCCUGCCUUGGCUCCGCGGAGCCGGAGAGAGCCGGGAGUGGCCGCGGGCUGGAGAAACAGCCUCAGCCGAAUGACCUUCCCACGGGGCCAGGAGCGAGCUCUAACGACCUGGAAGCCCCUGUCACUGAGAAGCCCCGAAGCAUUGACCCCCGGGAUGCCUGGAUGCUCUUUGUCAGACAGUCCAACAAAGGGGUCAAUGGCAAAAAGAGGAACACUGGGAAAUCAAAAAAGUACAAGCUUGGACUUCCCGGGCCUCCUGGCCCCCCCGGCCCUCAGGGGCCCCCAGGACCCCUCAUCCUCCCAGAGGAGCUCCUGAAGGAAUUCCAGCUGCUGCUCAAAGGGGCAGUGAGGCACCGGCAGAGGCUGGGCCCGGAGGCCUGCGAGGACUGCGGGGGCGGGGAAGCGGAGGCUGAGGACGAAGAGAGGCUGGCGGUCGCAGAGGAGGACGGCGUCCUGGCUCUGGUCACGGGGCCUCUAGCAGAGAGCCGCAGGCCUCACCGGGUGGAGGCCGCCUUCCGCAGCCGGGUCCGAAAGAGCGUGUCAGUGGAGCGGCGAUCCCUCCGGGAGCUGCAGUUCUAUUACGUGCCGGAAAAAGACGGGCCAUUUCAGCGGGGCCCCGGGCUUAACCUCACCAGCGGCCAGUACACGGCCCCCGUCACGGGAUUCUACACUCUCGCAGCUACCUUGUACAUCGUGCAGGGUGGGGACCAUCAGAAGAAGGGGCAGCCUCGGUCCCGGGACCGCCUCCGGGUGCUGAUCUGCAUCCAGUCUCUGUGCCAGCAUAACGUGUCUCUGGAGGCCAUCGCUGGCCUGGAGGGUGGCGGCGACCUCUUCACCGUCUCUGUGAGUGGCAGCCUGUACUUGCAGGCCGGCCAGUAUGCCUCCGUAUUCGUGGACAACGCCACGGGGUCGUCCCUCACUAUCCGCAGCGGUUCGGACUUCAGUGCCGUCUUCUUGGGGGUCUGAAUUCAUGAAUGCUUGGGUGACUCGGGCAGGCGUCUCCAUGUCCCUCUUUUUCACUGUAAGCUGAAGUAAUAACAGAGAAAGCUUUCUUGGGGAAGGGAGUGCCAGAGGGCCCAAGUGCCACAUUUUCUGACCUCUCUCCAAGAUGGCGGCCAUGCCUCACGUCUUCUACAAGAUGGAGCAUGGGGGGGUUGAACUGGAUACUCCGAGAAGGAUAGAAAAACGAGGGCUCUACAAAGACUAGAAAACAGGAAGUGUGCAGAUGGUGCAAGUGUGUUUGUAUAGCAUUUGUCAUGAAAAAAAUUCUUGAACCACCUUACCGGAAACUUGGCAUAUAUUGAUUUCUGGUCUACGCAGGCCUUCUGACUUCCGUCGAUUCCCCCUCUUGUCCCAAGAGUGGAUGGGUUCUGGCUGUGCUGCCCAAUGGCCUGCCUCCAAAUGCCUCAGAGCUGCGCUCUGCUCACUUAACCGCAGAACUUCAUCAAGAGGGACCUGGGGCCAUGCAGGGAAGGGUUCUGUCUCAGUGAAAAGAUGCAGGACAAACAGCCACUCACCCCGCCUGAACCAGCCGUCAUCCCCUGGGGAAGAUGGUGCAGUUGGUUGGUGGUGGGGCCUCCGGGUGAAGGGGAAGAAGCUUCAGGUCUCCGUUGCACGCUGUUCUCCAGAGCACUGGUCCUGCCUGCUGCCAUCAAAUGCAGUAACGGGGCUCUGCUCCUUCUUAGGCCCUGCUCAUGUCUGGGGUCUGUUUGUGGCACCCACCAGGAUGGCUGGUGGCCCUCACGGUUAAAGUGAGAGUGGACUCCAGGCAGGCCGGCACCCCAAACCAUAGGCACAGGGGCAGAGAGGGGUCCUGGUCCGAGGGGUCUUCAGGCAUCACCUGUGUCUGGAGCCCAUGGAGUCAGUUUACGAACUGUAUCAUCCCCAAGAGUCCAACUUCCGGCUGUCACUGAGUUCAUCAGAUGGUUAAAACUCUUCAGCAAGUGGAAAGAUGCCCGUUAUGGGGCUCGAUAGCCUUGGCUUCAUCCAUCAGCUGGGAGGAGACUUCUUCUAAAAACUGGACUUGGGUUUGAACCCUUGGAUACAGGUGUAAGGCUUCCUCCUGAAUCACCCAGAUCCCCAUCCGGCUCUUCCUCUUUUGCUUUGUCAGCCUGGAACCUACCAACGGGAAACGUUUCUCCAUCCAACCCACCACGGAUGGAAAUUUGGACCCAAGGCUGAGGGUAGAUGGAAGAGGGAGACAAUAGAUCGCUGAUGUAGAAGGGCUGGAAGGGAUCUGGGAGGCCAUCUCGUCUAGGCCUAAAGAAGUGACUGUGGCUAGUAAGCCCAGUCAGCGGCCAACCCCGUAAGCAGUGGGCUGUCCAGCAGAACCUGGCAGUUUCCCAUGUGGAUUGGUCCCUGCUCUGAAGAGCUUGGCCUUUCUAAUGCCAGUGGACAACUCCACUUCUCACCAUGAAAAACACCCACAAUGGCGUUCCUCAAUCGGAAUCCCCUCUCAGGUCUAGCUGGUCCUAACCCAGAAGAAUAUGAGUCAAGGUACCGCUCCGCCUCCAAACAGCUCCCCUGCCCGAGCUCGGGGAUGCCUAAGACGGUGGGUGGCCCCGAGUGGACCAGUGGGGCUGCUUAGGCAGCAUCUGAAUCCUCCCUCCUCCCUCCCCUCACAAGGGCCUAAGAAGGCAGAUGUGAUAGGCAGCUGAAGUACAGAGACCCUGAUUUCUCAGUAAAACGCGUACCCACCCUACCUAGAAAGGGUAACAGGCAAUGAAAAAGCCCUUUUCCUCUGAUAAGGUGGCAAGGAGGCCAAACCCCUCCUUAGAGCGAAUCUAUGCCCAACAGAAACACAUCAAACAGCGAAGACUCUCCAAACACUGACUUCACUCUCGACCCGCUCGUAGCGUUACGUUUUAUGGAAAUACACGGAUUGUCCCAUGUCAUUACAUGGAUGAUCAGCCAUGGGAUGGCUCCCGUGUGGCUGUGGGAAUGAGCACUGGAGCGCUAGAGGUGGAAAGGCAAGGGAAGCGGAGGAAGGCGGGAGAUUUACAAGCCAGGGCCUCCUCCAGUGCCGAAUGAUGCUGGAGGCAGAUGAUGGCAGAGCCCGAGUCUAAAUCCCUCAUUUCUGACUGCCUCGAGCCCAACGCCAACAGGGAUCUGCUCCAGGACGAUGAAACAAGGCCAAGCUCUUAGUCAGCCCUUAGUCAGCAGGGCUCAUGGUCUCGGGCAUCAGACACGGGACAGGGACCCAGAGAGAGAAGGGAGGGACAAGAAGAGUCCCACAAAGGGCUUUUAGCUGAGGUGACCAGGCUACGAGGCAGCUAAGCCGGAAGCAUGGGAAGAGGUGGGGACAGGAGGUGGGUCCUCUCCUGGUACACCCUGGACUCCCAGUGACUGCACAAGCCACUGAACUGCCCAGAUGUUCCUGUUUUUCUCACCAGCAGGCAUGUGUCUCCCUUUCUUUGGAGCCUAACUACAGGGCUUCCUCCAUCCAGAACUGUUGGGACAUUUUCCUGGAGCAAGACCAUUCAUCCUGCAAGGACUUUUCUAAACCCAAGCCCAGGACUUAAACAUUUUAAUCUUGUACAAUAUUCUGACAUUCUUUCUGUCAACUGCACUGGCUUUCUGUGCCAGCUUUGUGCCAUCUGCAAACUCAUUGAACUUGCUCUCUCUGCCUUUACUAGUUACUAAUAAAAAAGAGGCAGGGCCUGACACUAGAAACCUGACCGACAGCAGGCCAUUCACCAA